UGAAGACGGAAAACAGUGAGUAAGACUGAAGUGGAUCAAGUGCAGUCUGGACUCUUAUAACCAUUGCAGGUCACAUGUGGCCCAAAUGAGUGCGGCUCCAAGACUGAGUCAAGUGUGUGAGCAUUAAUCAUUCACCCAAGGCUGGUCCUGCUGAUAUAAGGCAGGCAGAAGGAGCGCUGAGAGGACAGAGAGUGUCCCGUCAGAUCCUCCUAAGCACACCCCCAGUUAUCAGUCAUGGCACUUGCACUAGCAUGCAUCUUAAUUGCUGCCAUUCCUAUCGCCUACUGCUACCCUACCGCCUUCGAGGACCUGAAGCAAAGUAGGACAAACCGAACCUCCAUUAGGUUCCUGGCUGUAGGAGACUGGGGCGGCGUGCCUUAUCCCCCCUACAUCACCGCUGUGCAGAAGGCUACUGCUCGAGAAAUGGGCAUAGUAGCAGAGCAGAUGGGAGCUGACUUUGUUCUGUCACUUGGUGAUAACUUCUACUACAGAGGCGUGGACAGUGUGGAUUCUCCUCGGUUUCAGGAGACAUUUGAGUCUGUGUACACUGCAAAGUCUCUCAAAGUUCCCUGGUAUGUGAUUGCUGGCAAUCAUGACCAUGCUGGGAACGUCAAAGCCCAGAUCGAAUACAGCACAAAAUCUGACAGAUGGAAAUUCCCCUCUUACUACUACGAGCUGAACUUCCACAUCCCCAACACCGGGAAAACCUUGACCAUUAUCAUGCUCGACACCGUAAUGCUGUGUGGCAACUCUGACGACUUCUCGGAUGAGAAGCCCAGAGGCCCCCUGCGUGAGAUGGAUGCCAACCGUCAGCUGACGUGGCUGCAGGAGAGACUGUCCCUGUCCAAGGCAGACUUCCUGUUGUUGGCCGGACACUACCCUGUGUGGUCCGUAUCUGAACACGGGCCCACAGAGUGUCUCCUGCAGAAGCUUCAUCCUCUGCUCCUUAAAUACAAAGCCACAGCUUACAUCUGCGGCCAUGACCACAAUCUGCAGUAUAUUGAAGAGUCUGGUGUGGGCUACGUAGUGAGCGGUGCUGGAAACUUCCUGGAUCCUGAUAUCACUCACUGGAACCACGUACCCAAAGGUUCUGUGAAGUUCUUCACUGGCCAAGCUUCAACACUUGGAGGGUUUGUCCACGCAGAGGUCACAAAGGACAAGAUGCUCUUGACCUUUUUCCAGGCUAGAGGAACUUCUCUCUAUCGCACGGUGCUCUCCCAAAGGAGCUUUGAGUAAACUAGCUCAUCACCGGUGCAAGUUUUUAAUUGCAGACUGUACUGUCUGCAGAGAUCAAUGUAACUGCUGUUACUGUUUUUCAAAAUGUCAAAAUAAUCAUCAUGCACAUUUUAAGAAGAAUCAACUAGUUUUACUCCUACAUUUAUUAUGAUAAAGAGUAAAUGUGGUUUCUAACAAACAUGCCUGUCUUGUGAGGUACGGUGUGAGCUUACAAUGAUUGCUUUAAUCUGCUUAGUGUUGAAGGGCUACAAUCCAGUGUGUGCUGACUCUUUGAAAUGUGGUUUAUAGAAGUGUUUUGUGUAUCUGUAAAUGAAACUGAGACUGGUUAGUCUGCUGUGUGUCUGUAUGGAAAGGAGAAUUUGACAUAAGACUUGAAUAAAUUCAGGUUCUCUAA